AUGAUAAUUUUAGAAAAAAUUCUCACUUCCGUUGUCGUCUUCUUCCUCUUAACUGCACCAUCCACUGCGGAUAUCAUAUCUCUGAAUCUCUAUUCUGAUAAUCGACAUAUGAUAUUUUUCUCGGAUUUCGAAUUCUCACAUGCCGGUUACGUAUCCUUCGAUAUAUCUUCCCUGACGGUCAACUCCUCCACCUCCUUCGAUCCUACGCAUAGUGGUUUCGUCCUUCAACGGCGUGAGGUGCAAGACCAGCAAAACACUAGUAUUUGCCCUUUGGAUUUCAAAUUAAACUCAACCGUCUUUACUUUCCAAGAUCUUUCCCAUGCGUUCAACAAAUCAUACCCUGUCACACAUCCGGGUAUGAACUCACUUUUCUUUGUCAAUUGCAACGGCGAAGGCGAAUCCUUUGUGACUACGGCCGGCCGUGCAGAGCUCUACAACAUGGAUGAUGGGUUUUGGAUAAAGAACAAACGAUGUUUUCACGGGAUCCAUUCACUCAUGGGUACUCCUCAUGGAUUCGAUGGCUUAUUUUACAUAUUUCAGCUUAUCAGGACUGUGCUUUUGUUUACCGUGAUCACGUUGAUCGGUACUGGAUGGUGUUUGUGGAAGCCGUAUUUGGAAGAAUGUGAAAUAGUGAUUUUGAUUUUUGUGAUCGUAGUUCAGGUUGUGCCUAUUUGGGAUUGUGGUUUUUUUAUACGUGCUCUUUACGAGGUUUCUUGUUCGUGGAUUAUUUCCCGCAUGGGUGAAUUAUGGGGUACAGGAAAUCGGUAUUCUUGUGGGUUCCAUCUUUAUCCCCCUUCUUCAUCUCUUUUGGCUCCUAUGGCAUCUUCAAGUUCAUCGAAUUAUUCGAACAUUUCGAAGAGCAGGAGCACAAUUGAUUAUGCCCACCCUUGUCACUGUGAGAAGCCUUCCCAAGUUUGGACCUCAACUACGACUAAUAAUCCGGGUAGAAAGUUCAGAGUAUGUCGUAACUCACUAGAUAAGAAGAAGAAGAAAUGUGAUUUCUGGGAAUGGGUCGAUCAAAAUGAAGAACUAAUAAAAGAAGACAACACUGAAGUCAAGAUAUCAAUAUUGGAAAAUAAUUUUUGGACACAUAAGAAAGUUUGGUUAACUAAAAGUCUUGUGUUGGAAUUGAUUUAUUGGUUACUGCUUAAUACUGAAAUGGAAUCAUUGAUUCCUGAAAUGGAAUGGAUUUAUUAG